AUGGUCAUCAUCGAUAGUGUUCGUUUUUAUCGACCGUUCUGGCUCUGCAUGCGAGUGCUAGUGCCGACAUUCUUCAAGGAAUCCUCACGUCCAAUCCAACUUUAUGUGGCGGUGCUGCACGUCCUGGUCACCUUGUGGUUUCCACUGCACCUGCUGCUGCAUCUUCUGCUGCAUCCUUCUCCGGCUGAACUCCUGAAGAACCUGACCAUGUCCCUAACCUGUGUUGCCUGCAGUCUCAAGCACGUGGCCCACUUGUAUCACCUGCCCGAGAUUGUGGAAAUUGAAUCUCUGAUCGGGCAAUUGGAUACGUUCAUUUCAAGCGAGCUGGAGCAUCGCUAUUACCAAGAUCACGUGAAAUGUCAUGCCAAACGCUUUACGCGUUGUCUCUACAUCAGUUUCGGAAUGGUUUACGCGGUUUUCCUAUUCGGUGCUUUCGUUCAGAUCAUCAACGGAAACUUGGAACUUAUAUACCCCGCCUAUUUCCCCUUCGACUUGGAAAGGAAUCGAUGUCUGGCUGCUGUGGCCCUGGGCUAUCAGAUAUUUAGCAUCCUGGUCGAAGGCUUGCAGGGUCUUGGAAACGACACCUACACCCCGUUGACUCUGUGCCUUCUGGGGGGACACCUCCACCUGUGGUCCAUUCGCAUGGCUCAGCUCGGAUUUCUCGAGGACGAAACUGCGAGUAAUCAUCAGCGGUUGCUGGAAUACAUUGAGCAGCAUAAGCUCUUGGUGAGAUUCCACUACCUGGUGGCUCAGACCAUCAGCCAGGUGCAACUGGUGCAGCUGGGCGGCUGCGGUGCCACCCUGUGCAUCAUUGUGUCCUACGUGCUCUUCUUCGUGGGCGACACCAUCUCACUGGUCUACUACUUGGUAUUCUUCGGAGUGGUCUGCGUGCAGCUCUUUCCCAGCUGCUACUUUGCCAGCGAAGUGGCCGAGGAGGUGGAGCGUCUGCCGUAUGCGAUCUUCUCCAGCAGGUGGUACGAUCAAUCGCGGGAGCAUCGAUUCGAUCUGCUCGUCUUCACCCAGAUGGCGAUGGGUUCCAGGGGGCGGGUCAUAAAGGCGGGCGGACUCAUCGAGCUGAAUCUGAAUGCCUUUUUCGCCACCCUGAAGAUGGCGUACUCCCUGUUUGCCGUUGUGGUGCGGGUGAAGGGUAUAUAG